AUGUCAGGAAAAGUUUAUUUCAUCUCAGGUGCCAAUCGUGGUAUUGGUUAUGAAUUCGCUAAACAAUUAUCAUCAAUCCCUUCAAAUACCGUUAUUGCAACAGCUCGUGAUCCUGCUUCAGCUACUGAUUUACAAGAACUAGCUAAUUCAAAUCCUAAGGUUCAUAUCGUUAAACUUGAUGUUUCUGAUGAGAGUUCAUUUGAUCAAUUAGAUGAUCAAUUAAAAGAUAUUGCAGCAAAUGGUAUUGAUAUCUUAAUUUCAAAUGCUGGUGUUGCACAAUCUUAUAAAACUUUAUUAGAAACUCCAAAGGAAAAAUUCAUUCAUCACUAUAAUGUUAAUGCACUUGGUCCAAUAUUCUUGGUUAAAGCUCUUUACAAGUAUUUACAAAAAUCUCAAACUAAACAAAUUGCUUUCGUUUCAAGUUUAGCUGGUGUUAUUAAUGAUUUUUUCCCAUUUAGUACAUCUGCUUAUGGUCAAUCAAAAGCUGCUUUGAAUUAUACAGUUAAAGAAUUCAGUUUUGAAUUAGAAUCUGAAGGAUUCACUGUGGUUGCUUUACAUCCAGGUACUGUUUCUACUGAUUUAUUGAAAACUGCAUCUGCUUGGUAUGAAGAAAAUGUACCAGGUUUUGCUGAAGCUUUAAGUAAUUAUGAGACUUUAACUCCUGAAGAAAGUGCAAAAAGACAAAUUAAAAUUAUUAAUAAUUUAUCAAAAUAA